AUGGCCACCAGCGAUACUUGUCAGUCACGACUCACUCGUCGUCAUUGCGGCCGCCCGGACAGCGGCGAGGUCGGCGCGGACGCGUUGACCUGGUGGUCUCCUGAGAUCGAGGAUGUGACACCUCUUAGCAAAUCGAAGUCUCAUGGCGACGCCCGACGAGGCAUUCCUAGUACAGCAUUCAACAGCCAUGGUCAAAGCGACUUCAACAACGACAUGGGACGGCAACACGAGCUCCGAUCAGCCACGGUUUCCCAGCUUCCGCCGUUAGCGGAAGCAGAAAUUCUGUUCGAGCACUUUUCACGUGUCAUGCACCCAACUCUUGGAGUGCUACACCUGCCUUCAAUCCGUACACUUCUUCGAGACGCCUACGCAGCCGCUGCAGUUGGCGGCGACUUGGAUGUCUCUUGCCUGCUACUCCUUCUAUCAGUCUUUGCUGGAGCAGCGAUGGUCUGGACGCCUGAGCUGGGCGUGUCACUUGCGGCAAGCGAGGCACAAGCAAUCGCCGCCUACAAGCAGUACGUUCGGCAGGCGUUGGCUAUGCUAGAUCACGCUCGUCAGCCACUCAAGCCGUCCACAAUGUCACUGGCCGCGAUUGCGACGUUAUCACACGUCGUUGCCAACCAUGAUGUACUAACCUCGCAGUCCAACGUUAUGCUCCUUCGAAGCCGCUGCGUCAUGCUUGCGCGCCAGCUUGGAGUUGAUUCGCUAGACACGCAUGUCAAACGCGCGGCACGACAAAUUCAGAGACCCAACAUGAUUGAGAUCGAAGUGCAGAGAAGGGUAUGGUGGUUCAUUGUCUCAUCUGAUUGGCUGGCCGGUUUCUCUGGAGGUUCUCAAGACGGCACAUACACCUUUCUCCCACGAUUUAUGCAUGUCGACCUUCCUUCUGACAUCGACGAUGAAUGUCUGACCCCAGAUGGCUUCUCAAAGGAACCUUCUCCGAAGCGACCGACGGGCAUGUCGUCAUUCAUACAACGGACUAAGCUGUCAUUCAUACAACGGAUCAAGCUUGCUGGCCUCUGCCGUGAUAUCGUUGAUGUGCUACCAUCUGUACCCUGGGCUGCUGACGGAAUAGACUACGGAACAAUACUUGCGGUCGAUCAAAGGAUGGAGAAGUUCCUAUCCAAUCUCCCACCAUUCUUUAAGCUCGACGCAGACUUCGACCGAGCUCAAGCAGCCAGUCACGAUGAAACGCCGUGGAUUGCUGUGCAGGCGCUCGGAAUCAAUUUCAGCUUGCAAGUCCGCAGAUGUCGGCUUCAUCGCCCGUAUCACCUUCUGAGCACGAAGGAACCAACGUAUGAAUACUCUCGAACCAUGUACAUUCGAUCGGCGCGCAAUGCGCUUGGUUUGGCGCAUGCGAUGGACGAGCUCGCGACCAAUUCUGGUCUCAAAGCUUCUCCGUACUGGAUUGUCAGGCAAAACGUCUUCACAGCCGGACUGACGCUCGCGACCAACGUGUCACAUAAUCUCGACUUGCCCAAUGUCGAUGUACAGGGACAGAGCAGACAUGCCGCGUACAAAGCGCCCGACCUUGCCGACUCAGACGCUCUGUGGUCGGAAUUCCUCAGCGUAGCACCUGAUUUUGACGACGCCCAGUGGCUGUCGCUUGUCACAUUCCCAGAGAUGGCUGAGGCUUGA